CAUCGUGGAUUCUAGCCGGGUUUGUUAACAGCUGAGCCAUGAAUGGAACCACCCAUCCAUAAAAUUUUUAAAAAAGCAAUUAAUAGGUGAAAGAAUAAGUCAUAGUAGAAAUUAUGAAUUAUUUGUAAUUGAAUAGCAAUAAAAGCAGUACACUCUCAAACCUUAUGAGUUGCACCUAAAUUGUAAUUCAAAGAACACGAAUAAACUUAAAUACAGACACGAAGAAAGGAAAAAGUAAAAAUUCCUUCUGAUUUCUUGACUUCUCUUGGGUUGACUAAAUAUUCAUCUUCUGCCAUUUUUCCUCUGCUCGUUUGGUAUUCUUUUUUCUUUCAAUUUUUAUUCCUAAAUUUUUAACCUGUGCGUCACUUAAUGUCAAAAGUCACUCAUUAUCUCUGCUCUUCUCCCACAUUACAAUCCAUUUAAAAUAGUUCAACUAUAAUCGCUAAGCUCUCUCACCUUCCACACGAUUUUUGCCUAUAUUAUAAUUCCACCUUGACUUAAACUUCUUCUUUGAACACACUUCCUCCAGUAUUCACAUGCUUCCCUCUUGCAUCCUCUUCAAGCAUUUUCUCAAAGGGCACCUUCUCAAAGACAUCCACACUGUCAAUUUCACUCUAAUUAAAAUCACAAUGUGCCAUUGUUAUGUCCACACUUACCCCAGUGUUCUCAAACUCCUAAUUUAUUUUUUCCAUGAACAGUAUCGCCAUUUUAUUAUACUACAGAACUUUAUUAUGUUUACCAUUUAUUGUCUGUCUCCCUUCACUAGAAUUCCAGGAAGGCAGAUCGCUUUGUUUUAUUUUUUACAGUUAUAACAUCAAGCACCAAGACAAAUGCCUGGACAUUUGUAGACACUCAAAAUACAUAAAUAUACUAAAGACCAUCUAAGAUCACUCUGACUGCUAUCUUGGGAAAAGACUGUAAGAGAUUAAGAGUGAGAGUAGGAAGAUCCACUACGAAGUCAUUGUAAUUAUCCAUGAAGUCAAAGAGGUCCCAUUCCUAAUGGUGAUCAGUGGUCAAGUUCUGAAAAUAUAAAGACAAACCAAUAGAAUUUACCAGAGGACCAAAUGCCUCCAAACUUUGGGGACUGAACAGUCCAAAAAAUGGAGGUGCCAUUAACUGAAAUAGGGAAGAUUGUAGGAGAAUCAAAAUUGAGGUGAGGGCUAUCAGAAACUCAAUUUUGACUAUGUAAAUAAUUCUCAAGUCACACAUAUUGCAAUUCCCUAUUGACAGAUAGUAGACCGGAAAUAUUUUUUUCUACUGCUCAGUAGAACGUCCAUUAGGAUCCUUGUAUUUCCCCCCAUUUUAUAAUUUAAUUUUCUGCUUUCUAUUUAAAAAAAAAAAUGACGGGGUGGGGGAAGAGGAAAAAGUCACUAGUAGCAAAGAUUUUUUUUUCUUUUAGUGGCAAGUUUAACUGAGUACUAGAAUUGAUUAGAAUAUCAGUAAAUGAAAAUACGUGUUCACUUAAACAGAAUUGUAAACAACCUCAAAUAAUCAAAUAACGACAUUUAUUUGAAACACAGAAAUACUGAAAAAUAUCAUUUAAUGUCACAGGAAAAAAUGCUGGUUUAUUAUUGAAUAACAAUUUAACAUAAUGGAUUUAAAACAUUAAGCCAAAUGAAGUUGAUUCAUAUCUCAAUGUAGGUAAAAUACGCAAUCAAAUGCACUCUGUUCUAGUCUUUAAUGUCCCAGCUGUCCUUUAUCUGAAGUUUACUAGUCACCAAAAGGAAGAUCUGUUCCAAAUUUAAGUAUCCAGAAGGAAAGAUUUUGUCCACUUGUCCACAUGUCUAUAUCUUUCCAGGCAUUCAUUCUCUUCAACUGAGAAAAACAGAAGCAGAAUAUUAAAUAAUUAAAUGUUAAGUAAUUAAAGGUAUUAAGAAUCUCUACAUCAUGGAGUAUACAGAAUGCCUAUUCUUGCUUUAUUACCAGCCUCUGAGGAAACACACAAUAUGAGGCUGCAAUUUAUUUAAAGCAAUUUUAAAAAAAAAAAAAAAGCCAUACAAGGAAGCUGAGUCUGUUAAACAGCUGCUCUAUAGGGCUUUGCACAGGCCCGGGCCCAUUAUCACUAUCUAAUACGUGUUGCUCUUUUACAUACUUGUGCUCCCUGAAUACUGCAACCCGGAAUACAAUCUAGAUUCCCUCUGCAGUAAUUUCAGAUUGGAUCCACUGAAAGCACCUUGGACAGUUAAGAGACUCAAGACUUUCUCCUGCAACCCAGGGCUGUGCGCUGGGCUAAUUCCGCACCCUGUCAGCCUGGCUGCUUGGAGCCCAACCUCCCACGCAUCCCCCGUGCUGGGCUCGAGCGGGUGCAGGAAACUGGAGCCAGUGGAAGAGCGUGGUCCGCAGGAGCUCGGAAAGCUUGAUUGACCUGGCCGUUACUGGUCCGUACAUUCAGGGCAUUCUCGCGUCCCGCCAUGAUUCUGAAGAAGAAAUUGAGUUGUUUUUGGACAUUAGGUCUCUGUCUGGUAGCCAGUAAGUCGUCUCCCAAAGUCCCCUCCAUCACAGAUCCAACAUUUAUAGACCAGGCCGUCAAAGCGCACAAUGAAAUGCGUGGUAAAGUCUGGCCCACCGCAGCCAACAUGAAACACAUGAGUUGGGAUGAAGCUUUAGCGAAGACUGCUAAAGCAUGGGCGAACAAGUGCUUAUUUGGACACAACCCCUGUUUACCAAAGUCACUUCAAUGCCAUCCAACUUUUCAGUACAUUGGAGAAAAUAUCUGGUUAGGGCCAUUACGCAUCUUUACACCAAGAUGUGCAGUUGAAGCCUGGUAUAACGAAAGUCAAUUUUAUGAUUUUAAUAGUCUAUCAUGUUCCAAAGUUUGUGGCCAUUAUACACAGGUAGUUUGGGCCAAUUCAUAUAAAAUUGGUUGUGCAGUUGCAAUCUGUCCUAACCUUGGGGGACCUAACACUGCAAUAUUUGUAUGUGACUAUGGGCCUGCGGGAAAUUAUCCAAAUAUGCAUCCUUAUGCUAACGGAUCAUCCUGCUCUAUGUGUGAAGAAGGAGAAAUUUGCACAAAGAAACUCUGCCGUAAGCAAAAAGGAAACAAAAUAAUCAUGGCAUUUUAUUUGGAAAGUAGAGUUUCCAAAAAUUCAUUAUAUUUUAAAAUUUGACAUCUAAAUUUUAUAGAGAAUUUUAUAGACAAAAUUUGAUUGGCUGCUAUAUGGUGAUUUGUCAUAAAUAAUCAUAUUUAAAUCCAAAUGAUCCCUCCUUUCUUCACUGAUUAUUUUCCCUCUCAGGCUAAAGGACAGGAAAGAGCAAGGCAUAACUGAUUCCAUUUGCUGCUUACACUCAAAGUAACUACUGGCUGACAUAUUUUUCUUAUUUGCAUUUUCUUCCCUUUCACCUCUUUUUAUUAAUUGUAAAGAUACUGUCUUGCUCAGAAAUAAUACAUUAAUCAAUGUCCAAAUUAAUUGUGAUUUAAAACUAAAAUGUUUUUCUUCCAUCAUCAGCUUUUGGGUCUCAGGACAAAGACUUUUUAAGUAAAAGUAUUAAUUUUUGAUUCUCAAAGCAGAUGAGCACUCAGUACAAAGUUAAAUUUUUUUUCUUUUGUC